UCUGGCCAUCAAAACCCCUCCUCCUCCUCCUCCCCCCACAAAACCCCACUCUCCUUGCUCCGCCCCCGCCGCGUCGCCGUCGCCAUUGCGCCGCCGCCGCCGCCGCCGCCGACGCCGUGCGUCGCGAAGUGCUACCAGGAAUGCUGGGAUGAAUUCAUAUUGUGAUAAGAAAGAGGUUACUGUAGCUUUUAGCAAAACUAAAAGGCAAGAGGAGGAUGAAGUGAUUUGGAGAAUGGUAGAACAAGGCGCUACAGAUGAUGAAGAGUGUGGUGGUACCAACUGUUCGGCUGGCGAAAAUAGGGAUCCUGGUUGGCCUGGAACGAGUGUCUUCAGGAUGCUGAUUCCUGCAACUAAAGUUGGCGCAGUAAUUGGUCACAGUGGAGAAAGGCUUAGAAGACUGUGUGAGGAAACAAAAGCCUGCGUCCGAGUAAUAGGUGGCCACUUUGCUGCUGCAGAGCGAGCUGUAAUCAUUUUUGCAAAGGAACAACCUGAUGAGCCAAAACCUCCAGCUAUUGAUGCACUACUAAGAGUAUAUGAGUGUAUAAUCAAUGAUGAUGGUUUAGAUGUGAGAUAUAACAAUAUAGUUGUGGCACGGAUUCUUACACCAAGUGAACAGGCAGCAAGCCUUAUUGGCGAUCAGGGUUCAGUGAUUAAUUAUAUCAAGAAAGCUUCUAAAACCAACAUCCAUGUUAUUGACGGUGACUUGCCACCUGUUGCACUUGAAGAUGAUAUGAUUAUUGAAAUUUGGGGACUGCCUGCAAGAGUGCAUCAAGCAUUGGAACUUGUUGCUUGUCAUUUGAGAAAGUACCUGGUUCAUCGAAGUGUCAUCCCACUGUUUGACCCCCAUGUGUCUAUUCCAAUCUCACCUGUGGAUAUGCCCCCAUUCCACUACAGUGACCAUCAUGAGGGCCUUCUGCACGAAGCUAGUCCAGGCUAUUACUCCCUAUAUGCUGAAGCUUUUCAACUUGAACACCCAUGGACUGAUACUAGUUAUUCAAGGUAUCCAAUGGAAAACUUUACACAUGCUGACAUAUUUGAAUACAGACAAGAAGCACCAGUAUUUUUUGGGAGAUAUCGGUCAGUCACACCUCCACAUUAUGGGCAUGAAGCAGAAGCAUAUUUAUCAUCUCCAAUGGAAUUAUGUUUGCAUAACAACCUGAAUACAUAUGGAUGGCAAGCAACUCCACCAAUUGGUCGAUCAGAUACUGUUGAAAGAAUACGCUCCCUUAUAUCUGUGUAUGGAAAACAGGCACAUCCACAUCCGCUGAGGCAGACAUAUCAAUCAACUAAAAUGGAAAAACAUCCACACUCGGGGAUAUCUUUGUACAGAAGGGAUGAUCAUCCAACAAGGGUAUCUCCAUCACCUGCUACUGAACUACCCCCAUCUCCUGCUGUUUCUGCAUAUAAAUGGCAAGUAUCUCCAUCCUUAAAGAUGUAUCCUUCAACUAAUGUCGAAAACCUUCAACACUGCCGUGUUUCUGCAUGCGCUCCAGAAGAACUGCCAAAUGUGGUUGUGCCUUCGUUAACUAGUCAAUCUCCUGCAGUCACUUCUCAGGUUAUAAUGAAGAUGCAAGUUCCAAUUUUCUAUGCUGAAGCGGUAAUUGGCCCAACUGGUGCACGAAUUGAUUACAUUCGCCAAGCCAGCGGAUCAAGCGUCGUGAUAAAGGAUCUUGAUGACAGUGCAAUGUCUAUUGAGAUCACUGGAAGUGCUGCAACAGAUGUUCAAAUUGCAGAGCAGUUGAUAAAGAACUUCAUGGCUGAAGCUGCUGCCGCUUCCCCUGAUCACAGUUAUGACUUCAUUCCAUCACAUUUGCCAGCACCGAGAUCUCCAGAGCCAGAUAUUCCAACUACUUCACUCACUCGCAGAGCAAGCUGUUUUACAGAACCUCGCCUGCAAGCGACCUACUGAGUUCCCAAGAGUUCUCUUUCUGCACAUAGUCCCUACACCGGCAAUACAGGAAAUCCGCGAGAGUACAUUCCCAGAAAGUUUUGAUAUCCAUCCUCAGAUGAUUAAUAUGCGCCCCCUUUUUGAACCCCCAAGACUUGUAUCUAAUAUUUUCUUUUUCUUUGGCUUUUAGCCAUAGACUUUGAUCCAUGAGUUAGAAAUUGACUCUGAUCCAUGAGUUAGAAAUAGACCUUGAUCCAUGGGUUAGAAGUCUGAGAUUAUGGUAUAGGACAACAAUUUUUUGGUGGAUUCAGGGUAAGUGAUGUACAAGAUAUGUGCCCUCAGAUGUUUGAGAGACAGUUUGUAUUACAUGACAACAUGCAUUAUGUUAUCUACAAACUAAAAUUCACUUUUAAUUCCUUGUUAA